CCCACGCCAGCCAGUCUCAUCCCAUCCCUCUGACAAAGCAACCUUUACCUCCAUCUAUACACUCCUUUGGACGCUGCUGGAUGCAGCUCCGUCAACUGCCUCUAGCCUACCUCCAGUGUUGUCGGUAUCGUCCUCUCCCUUUUCCUGUCCUACUGUUGUCACGAAAGAUGUCCACUGCUCCAGAACCCGCCGUCGAGCCCCCGGUUCCUAAGCCCGAGCCGCCAAAAAUCUCCUUUCCUCGCACGCCUAUUCCGCCUAACCCUCUAGGAGAAGGCAAGUUCAUCCGUACUGCUGGGUGCUUGAUCAUCGGGAACGAGAUCUUGAAUGGCAAGACGCAUGAUAAGAACUCGAACACGUUUGCAAAGUUUUGUUUCGAUUUGGGGAUCGAGGUGAAGCGGAUCGAGGUUGUGCCUGAUGAAGAGGAGGACAUUGUCGAAGCCGCACGCCGGAUGGUCUCCUUGUAUGACUUUGUCAUCACCUCUGGCGGUAUAGGCCCCACGCACGACGACAUCACCUACCAAUCCCUGGCCAAAGCUUUCCAGCAAGACCUCGUACAUGACCAGGAAUGUAUAAGACGGAUGACGGAGUUCUCAAAGGGGAGGUAUGACGUGAGCAAGCAGACUGAGGAGCAGAAGACUGCGAGGUUGAGGAUGGCACUGUUUCCCAGCGGAGGGGAGGUGCUGUUCUGUAAUGAGGACCUAUGGGUGCCAGUCUUGAGACUGGAAGGGAAGCUGUGCAUCUUCCCGGGCAUACCGAGAUUAUUCAACGAGAUGCUCAUGGGGCUAACGCCGUAUCUCCCUCUCCCGCCGUCGAGCGAGCGUCCCUUCCGGCACCUCAUCCACACCAAUCGCCCAGAAUCGUCCAUAGCUCCGUUCCUCACGGAGUUGGCGAACCGUACCAAGGCUGAGGGGAUUCGGGUCGGCAGUUACCCGGAUUUCAGAGUGGGUGUGACGGUGAGCCUUAUCGGCAAGGAUCAGGCACGACUACGUGAGCUUCAGGAAGAGGUUGUGAAGGAAUUGGAUGGGACUGUUGUAGCUGAGGGUAAGGUUGGUGAAGAGCAGAAGAAGGUGUGAGGUGGUCUAUCAGGUAUAGUGGAUGAAAGUAGAGGAUGUACAUACAUGAAGGAUUGGAGGUACAAAUGGACAAAUAACUUACG